UACUCUGCUCCACAAUUAAUUUGAAAAUAGAGAGAAUUUGGGGAAAGUGAAAACAUGAGUUUGUCGGCGGCAGGGGCGACGGCAGCAUUCUCAUCAACGACGGAUGAUGGUCAUCCUUUACAUCAUGAAUUGGCGUUGGCGGUGGCCGACGAUACUGCAAUCUCCAUUCAAGAUCGCAAGGACCAGACCCUUCUUGCACUCAAGACUGAGUUGAUGGGGAAACUCGAUAAAGAGGUUAAAUCUCUAGAUGAUGAUAGCUGGAUGUUCGACGGACCUCGAUCACGUAUUAAUUUGAUUUCCCGACCAGGUGUUCUUCGCCACGGGCACAAAAAAUUGUCAGCAAGUCAUGACAUAGCUCCACUAAAAUGAUGAAGAUACCCUCAAAGCUUCUACUUAAGUUGCUGAUAUCUUUUCGACUGGGAAGUGAGCCACACCAAGACUAUGACAUGUUAUUCUUUCUGUUCAUCUGAGCUGAUUCUCCAUGCGACUGAAGAUAUUUUGAAAGAAAAGCAUAUACCUUAGGAAAACCAGUGUAAUACUCCACUAUGGUAUAUGUAAUAUGUUUGUGAUUCAAGAUCAUGAUUAAGGGCUUAUGAUUCAUGAUUCAGUUUCCCAGUUGUAUACUUUGUGAGAACAUGUAAGUUUAUGUAACAUGAAUUGAGGUCUUAUGAUUUACUACUA